AUGCUCAAAUUUGACACACUAUCCCUGGGAUCCGGUUCGAGACCGAGAACACCUCCGGUAUCAUCUUCCCGACAGACGCAGACCCCGCCAUCCGAAAGAACGAGUUUCCAUUCCCCAGAUAGACGACCACACCAAUCCUACUCCUCCUCGGCCUUGGGCAGCAACGCAUGGGAUGCCCUGGGUGGCAGUGAUGGUGAUGGAGACGAUGAUGAACUGGUAUAUGAUGACGAAGAAGAUGAGUUUGGACUGCCGAGCAUCGCCAGCAUGCGCCGGAAACGGAGCCUCAAAAAGAAGAACAUGAGGCCACAGCAGAUCCAAUAUCCGAGCCUCUCGCAGACAUCUUCUGCUCCAGCAUUAGCUCCAUCACCCCGAACCUCCCACGGGAGAUCGAACAGUUUCGACAUCGCCGAAGAACGAAACCCGCUCUCUUAUCCUAGUGCAAAGAAAGGGGAUGGCAAAAUCCUUCGUCCUCAGUACAAAGAUAUUUUACGGGACCCCGCAAAUUCGCUACAUCUCAUCAAUCAUCCCGUCUUACCGCCCAAGGCGACUCCAAAGGAAACUGAAGCUCACUCGACACGAAUAUCACGAAUCAACAAAUUCAAGCGGAUACUUCAGAACAGCUCCGUAUCACUCGCAGAUCUGCGAGCGGCGGCUUGGUCAGGGAUACCCGAGGAGGUUCGAGCCAUCACCUGGCAACUUCUGCUUGGACAUCUCCCUACGAAUAGUGAACGCCGCGUUGCUACGCUUGAGCGGAAACGUAAAGAGUAUUUGGACGCUGUGCACCAAGCUUUCAAUACUGCAACCAUGGCGAGCGGGAAUGGCUCUUACACAGGACUAGCAGGACUGGCACCACAACCGCGUGUCACGACAGGCAGAAGUCGUGGCUUAGAUGAGGCAGUCUGGCAUCAAGUCAGUAUUGAUGUACCCAGAACAAAUCCUCACAUUCCUCUUUAUGCCUUCGAAGCUACACAAAGGUCACUGGAGCGAAUCCUUUAUGUCUGGGCGAUACGGCACCCAGCAAGCGGCUAUGUUCAGGGGAUCAAUGACCUGGCCACCCCGUUUUGGCAAGUCUUCUUGGGCACAUAUAUUACAGAUUUAAAUGUUGAAAGCGGCAUGGACCCAGGCCAGCUGCCCCGACCAGUACUUGAUGCCGUUGAAGCUGACACAUUCUGGUGUCUUACCAAACUACUGGACGGCAUACAAGACAACUAUAUUGUUGCACAACCAGGUAUUCACAGACAAGUUGCGGCACUACGAGACCUCACUACAAGGAUCGAUGCUGGGCUUGCCAAACAUUUUGAAGACGAGCAUAUCGAAUAUAUGCAAUUUAGCUUCCGAUGGAUGAACUGCUUGCUAAUGCGUGAAUUAAAUAUCCGGAGCGUGAUCCGCAUGUGGGAUACUUAUAUGGCCGAAGAAAAUGGCUUUUCGCAGUUUCACUUGUACGUCUGUGCGGCCUUUCUGGUGAAGUGGAGUGAUCAGCUCCUGAAGAUGAACUUCCAAGAAAUUUUGAUGUUUUUACAAGCGCUUCCAACCAAGGAAUGGACCGAGAAAGACAUCGAACUGUUGUUAUCUGAAGCGUUUAUCUGGCAAAGUCUGUUCCGAGGUAGUAGGGCGCACCUCAGGACAGCAGACUCAAGAAUUCCUAGUGGUAGUUUGGGUCCGGCUGGAUGA